AAACCCAUAGCCAGUUAGCCAUGUAGCUAGCUUGCUAAAUCACUCAUGACAGUUAACAAACGGAUGUGGAUAAAAACAGACCAUUUUAACCCGAAACAUAACAGUGGGUAUCAAGACGUAGGGACCAACGAGGAAAGAUGCAAGCAGGUGACCCUGUGGUUGGUGCUCCAAUGGCAGUGGCUGGGGCUCAGAGUCGGUCAGAGGAUGAGGAAACACUUGGUGUAAAAGAUGUGAAACGGACAGCAACACAGGCAUUUGGCAGCGGUGUUCCCAAACGCAGAAGCUCUUCCAGGUCAAUAAAAAGGAAGAAGUUUGAUGAUGAGCUGGUGGAGAGCAGCUUAGUAAAGUCAUCUAGUAGAGUAAAAGGUCCUCCUGUCAUAGAACCUGUUCGCUGCUCAGGAAGUGAACCUUCAUCUAGUGAGAAAAAAAAGAUUACCAAAUCAGGAGCCACACUCACGCCACCUCUCACAAUGGUCAUAAACCCUGCACCUAUCACCAAAAGAGUAAAGAAGAGUAAGCAGCCACUACAUGUAACGAAAGACCUGGGGCGAUGGAAACCUACAGACGACUUGCUGCUCAUCAAUGCAGUGUUGCAGACCACAGAUCUUACUUCUGUUCAUUUGGGGGUCAAGUUCAGCUGCCGUUUCACUUUGCGGGAAAUUAAAGAGAGAUGGUACGCUCUGCUCUACGAUCCUGUCAUCUCAAAGCUGGCGUGGCAGGCCAUGCGGCAGCUCCACCCAGAGGCAAUUGCAGCCAUCCAAAGUAAAGCUCUCUUCAGUCAGAAUGAAGAGGCACUGCUGGCCAAGAUUGGCUCAACCAGUCAGCCCAAACUGGACAUUUUCCAGGAACUCUUGAGCAAACACCCCAGUGUCUUUCACCCAUCCCGCACACCCAAAAGUUUGCUAGUGCACUGGCAGCUGUUAAAACAGUACUACCUACUGGAUGACCAGAGUGUCCAGCCUCUCCCAAAAGGUGACCAAGUCCUCAACUUCUCUGACGCUGAACAGAUGGUUGAUGAUGUAAAGUUAAAGGAGAGCAGAGAUGAAGUGCUGGAACAUGAGCUCAUGAUUUCUGAUCGUCACCAGAAAAGGGAGAUCAGACAGUUAGAGCAGGAGCUGCCACGAUGGCAAGUUCUUGUGGACAAUAUCACAGGUAUGAGCAUGCCCGACUUUGACAACCAGACUUUGGCAGCGUUACGAGGACGAAUGGUUCGCUAUCUUAUGAGAUCACGAGAGAUUACACUGGGCAGGGCAACAAAGGACAAACAGAUAGAUGUAGAUCUGUCGUUAGAGGGGCCGGCCUGGAAAAUAUCAAGGAAACAAGGUAUUAUUAAACUAAAAAAUAAUGGAGAUUUCUUCAUUGCCAAUGAGGGCAGACGGCCUAUCUACAUUGAUGGCAGACCAGUUCUAUCAGGAAACAAGUGGAAACUGAACAACAACUCAGUGGUUGAGAUUGCAGGUCUUCGCUUUGUUUUUCUAAUUAAUCUGGAACUCAUCUCACUAAUAAAAGCUGAAGCGGCCAAGAUGACGCAGCAGUGAAUGUGAGCCAAUCAGCACAGGAGCUGACAAACAGGACGCACUGAACACACUGGGAAACUGGCAGAAGUGCAGUCUAGGUCCAGUCAGUUCUUCUCCACAGAGACACUGUUACCAGGAUUUUCUCACAAAGCACAGCAGUGCAACCAAGACUCCAAGACUGAGUUAUAAAGAGGAUUCAGUUAAACUCUGCAGCAAAAUAGUAACAGGUUUUGCUUGUUGUUUGGACAUUUUCUAUGUUGUAAUGUAGACAGUCUGUUGGUAGAACACUGUUCAUUCAGUUUUUCAACAUAUUGUAUGUACAUUCUGUAGCAAAGUUUUUCAAAUAUUAAACUUGUACACACAACUGUC